GACAAUUGAAAUGGUAGCCUGAAAUUAUUUACAUUACGGUCCUUUGUGGAUGGAUUAUUAUGCAUCUGUGUAUUGUGUCUCACUGGACAAUCUAGAAUAUUACUAAUGCGAUAAGGACAUAUGCAUAACAUGGCUCUCUUUAUGUUGAUAAAUAUUUGGACCCUGAGACUAAAUGUGGAGCUGGAUCUUGCUUGCGCCCCACCCAAUCAGCGCGCUCACUGAUGGCACCACGAUCGCACGGAAAACACCACUUGUGACGGAUCAACGAAUACACUGGAAGGAGCAAAAUAUUAUGGGAGUCGGGGUCUUUGGAAGAAUAACAGACUUGUGGUGGGACGUGUAAAAACUGUAGCUAUUUUGGGCAAAGCUGGAAUUCUUUAGCAACAAGCCCUUUUUGGCUCUCGGUUCCGUGGGGAUCACAGACAGAUGUCGGUGGAGGAUGAUGCGCUUCUGACGAAGUGCAUUGGCGCUGAGGGUGACGAUACAUGGCUGAACGUAAAUAGCUUUCGCUGAGAUAGCUUGAAAAAUAUUUUAUCUGCUCAUCUGAUAUCAACCGUAGAACUGUCGCUAUUAUGGUCACCGACAUGUUCUGAGUAGUGGGAAUAUCGGCAGAGGCGGCGAGAUGAAGGCAGCGGCGAGGCCGAAGCACACUCGGCUCUUCUGGCGGCUAGGUGUCUGUGGAAUGGGGAUGAUUAUAGCCACCUGGCUCUUGCACCUCCUACAUGUAACAGACUCUUAUGCUGUUCAUGACUUCAGCUGGUCUAAGAGAGAACUAAAGCAGGACAGUGAAGAUGAGAACCACACCUCCAAUACCCCUUCAACACCUAGAGCUGGUACACUAGCAAUCCAUGAGUUUCCAGAAGACAUCUUCUCCUCAGAGCAGAGGAGAAAGGGGGCUGUUCUUCUCCAUGUUGUUUGUGCGAUCUACAUGUUUUAUGCCCUGGCUAUAGUCUGCGACGUCUAUUUUGUUCCUUCUCUGGAAAAGAUAUCAGAGAAUCUCCACCUAAGUGAGGAUGUUGCUGGGGCUACUUUCAUGGCGGCAGGAAGCUCUGCCCCUGAGCUCUUCACCUCCCUGAUAGGCGUAUUCAUCACGAAAGGAGACCUGGGUGUAGGCACCAUUGUGGGGUCGGCUGUCUUCAACAUCCUGGUCAUCAUUGGGAUCUGUGGGAUUUUUGCCGGACAGCCCAUUUCUCUGAGCUGGUGGCCCUUGCUCCGGGACUCCAUCUACUACAUCCUGUCCAUACUGAUUCUGAUUGCUGUGAUUUAUGACGAGAAAGUGAUUUGGUGGGAGACGGUCAUACUGAUAUCCAUGUAUGCAGUCUAUAUUCUCAUCAUGAAGUUCAACAGACCUCUGUCAGGCUGGGUUGAGAGACAGUGUGUUCGAGGGGGUCAGCCCUGCCUCAGUACCCUGAGACGGACCACCACGGUGGGGCACGGAGGAGUGGACGGUGACACGGACAUGGUGCUGCUGAAGCCAGACCCAUGCUCAGGUCAGGACACGUCUGUGGUGAUGGUGGAUGAGCUGAUGAGUCGGCAUCCUCACCAGCUGACCUUCUCUGAGAGGCAGAGGUUGAUCCGGACUCAGGGCCAGGAGGAGAGCAGUGGGGCGGGGGGAGACGGGGCCACGUGGGGGAUGGAGAACGGAGGGGCCGGGGACGGUGACAUGCUGCCGCUGGAGGAGGAUGGAGAAGAGCUCGGGGGUCCGGAGGGGAGCGCAGUCACAGGGGGGUUACAGCCCAAAGACGAAGAGGAGGAGGAGCUUGAGGAGGAGGUCACCUUCAGUCCCUUCAUAGUGCCAGGAGGGCACUGUGAGCGUGUGCGCUGGCUGCUGUCAUGGCCGCUGUGGCUGCUGCUCUACUUCACAGUGCCCAACUGUGUGCUGCCUCGUUGGAGCCGCUGGUACCACCUGACCUUCCUGACCUCCACGCUCUGGAUCGCACUCUUCUCCUACCUCAUGGUCUGGAUGGUGACCAUCAUCAGUUUCACGCUGGGCAUCCCUGAGGUGGUGAUGGGCAUCACCUUCCUUGCAGCUGGCACCAGCGUACCAGACUGCAUGGCCAGCCUCAUUGUCGCACGUCAAGGUAUGGGAGAUAUGGCUGUCUCGAACUCCAUUGGCAGUAAUAUCUUUGAUGUGCUCCUGGGACUUGGCUUCCCUUGGUUCCUGCGCACUCUGGUGGUAGACUACGGAUCAGUGGUGAUUAUCAACAGUAAGGGGCUGGUGUAUUCAGUCGUUCUGCUGUUGGGCUCAGUGUUUCUUACUGUCUUGAGUGUCCAUCUGAACUGCUGGCGGUUGGACCGCAGGUUGGGUCUGUGUCUCCUGAUGCUGUAUGCCAUGUUUCUACUGUGCUCCGUUGGCUUCCAGGGACUGUAGGCCGGAGUCCACACAUCAGUGAGAUUACGAUUGCUAUUUGUUGUAAUUUUUCACUUGUUGCCAUUAUUGAUCAGUAUAGUAUCAUGUGUACGGGUGUUCAGUUAGGGUUCAUUUGCAUUGUGUUAUUGUUUAUUUAUAUUGUUAUUUCGAUUAGAAACCUAAAAUGUGGUCUUUGAUCAAUGUUAACAAGUUUUAUACAGCGCACAUAAACAUUUGUGAUAUGACCAGUUGAGAACAUGCACUUCACAAAAUGUAUUUAUGUACAUUUUAUCUGCUGUGUUUACAGUUUGGUUGAUAAUGAAGAUUUAUGUUCUUUUGAAACAGUGAA